AUGUUUUUACGAAAGAUACAGAGCAGUCUACAACGUCUUAAAAGUAUCAGACCAGUUGUAACUGCCAGAAGAAACAACACACAAAGGAAAGGCUACGUACCCUAUGGUCAAACAGGGUGUGGAAAUUAUGGGUUAACGUUCAGCCCUCAGACAGUCCAGUUAAUGAACCCGGUGAAGGACAAGCUACUGAAACUGGUGCCAGGGAUUCCCUUCAACGAGCAUGUGUUCAACAUCGGUGACUACGGCACAGGAGAUGGAGCAACUUCAAUGACGUUCCUGAAGGAGUUGUUGGAUAUUCUGAAGGAACGCCAUGGUUCUGAACGGCAGUUCCAAGUUAUCUACGAAGACCAGUCUUUAAACGACUUCAAUUCUUUGUUCAGACGUCUUUCAGGGGUUAUCCCUGAUCCUCCACCUUACCUUUUGAACAUGGACAAUGUCUUCGCUUUUGCAACAGGUGUACACUUCUAUAAACAGUGUGUACCGUCCGACUCAAUGCAUUACAUCAUGUGUAUGAUCGCUGCCCAUUGGCUGUCCAAGACACCGGUCCUGUACAAGGAAUCCCUGUGUAUCUACCCUGACAGUUCUGCAGAAGAAAAGAAGGCCCUUCGUGAUCAGAGUCUCUCAGACUGGGAGACGUUCUUGUUGAUGAGAAGUAGAGAGCUAAAAAGAGGAGGAAUACUGGCUGUCUCCCUCACCUGCGAAUACGUUGAUGAAACAAUCGGUCGAAUCUCGUUUACCUUGCAGAACCUUGUGUUUCUAAUGACACACCUGUGGCGGGAAUACAGAGAUACGGGAAAGAUUACUAACAAGGAAUUCAUCAACACCAAUAUAGCAUACUGUCAUUACAACAUGGAGGAUCUGAAGGCACCUUUUGAAAAUAACACAUCUGCAGUUUGGCAAUCGGGUCUACGCCUUGUUUCAUCUGACGUGGUCAUCAACAACGACGUCUUCUACUCCGCCUGGAAGGAGAAGAAGGACCUGGAAGGUGUUGAUGACAGAGAUGGAUUCGUCAGGGCGUAUGUGGCCGCCCACAGGAACUGGAGCAACAGCAUCUUCAUGGACGGCCUCUCUGACGAUCGCUCACGAGAGGACAAAUUGAAAAUUGUGGAUGAUUUCUAUGUUGAUAUGCAGGAGCGAAUUGCAAGUAUGAAUCCAGACGCCUUCAGAGAUGACUUCUGUCUCAACUACCUCAUCAUUGUCAAGGAAUAG